GCGAUCAAGAAAUCGACGGUGGAUCUCGCUGUCGUUGACGUCGUCGAUCUCUCAUCCUCAUCAACCGCGUUUCUCCCAUAAAUGCAAAAUUUGUGCUCUAUUUAAUCUUUCACAUUCGAUUCGAAGCACAGUUUUCCUUUCCUAGGGUUUCCACUCGUUCUUCAUCCAUUCCGAUGGCUUCCAGUUCGAACAGAGCAGCUGGUGGCUCCUUUUACGGCGGCGCCGCUCCUUACCGAUCGAGAGAGGGACUUAGCACGAGACCGGUUGCUAGCUCCGAUGAAAUUCAACUAAGGAUUGAUCCGAUGCACGCGGACUUGGACGAUGAGAUCACCGGUCUCCAUAGCCAAGUUAGACAAUUGAGAAAUGUAAGGCCUUUUUUCUUCUUUAAAUUGAAUUCAGUGAUCCAACAAUUAUGAUCUCCUAGAAUGAAAAUAAUGCUUUAAACAUUAUUCGAAUGAUGGGUAUACAAUUAGGAUUUAGGAAUGUUUUUAAUAAUAGUAAUAUUGUAUUGUUCCUACAUGAUUAUAAUCUUUUGAAGGUUUUGAUGAGCUUAUCCUUAGUGUUUAUGUUAAAUGCCAUGAUAUGACAAUGCAAGGUGAAUCUGUGAUAUAAUGGCUGGCUGUGACAUCCUAGGAAAGAAAAUUGGAAGUCUAAAAAUUGCUACCAUUGUGGAUAUUCAGUUGCAGAUGAUAGCUUUAAUAAAUCAGUUUGUAGACAAUCUCAACAUGGUAGUUGACUCCUUUUGCUGUUUGUUUGAGUUACAAAGUAUGUUAACUCAUAUGAUAAACAAAAUGGGUGUAAUCAUCUCAUUUAUCUCUCAUGCUAAGCUUUUUUAGCUUGUUUCAAUUAAUACGUAGAGAGUGGAGGAUUGCUUAAUGAUUAUGGUGUUAGAAGUUUUUGCUGGCCAAAUCUGGAAAUUUUGUGGAAAAUUAUAAAUCCAAAAUGCGAACAAUGUUUGCAUUACAAUGUAUAAGAAGUAUCAGUUGGUUCUAAAAUGUGCUUGAUUAAAGAAUCAGGUCUUAUGAAGAAGGAAAUAAGAAUUGCUCAUAUUCUUCUUUAGUGAAAUUCUCAUUUUGGAACCUUUAGCUAUAUGUAUUUUCUUUCUAAUAUGAAUUUAACUGCUAGCUUUGUGGUAUCUGUAUUGGUUUUUUACCUCUUCCUACUUUCCAAAUGGUGGUGCAGGUUGCUCAAGAGAUAGGUUCAGAAGCAAAAUUUCAGAAAGAUUUUCUUGAACAGCUGGUACUUUAUUAAUGCUUUCAUGCAUCACUGAUUUACAUAACUGUCUCCUUUUUCGUGAAGAGGCAUAAAUCUGUCUCUCUUGAUUUCUUUGUCUUUUGAAAAGUCAGAAGCAUUAAUAAGUUCUUGUGGACCUU